AUGUCAGCGGCAGUGAAUGCAACAAUCGAUUAUCUUGAAAAUCUCACCGAUGAUAUCCGUUUUUCUUUCGGUUUAUUCAAUUUAAUUAUUGGUUUGGUCAGUAAUUUAUGUUUAAUCACAAUUUUAACAAAUGUCAGAGUAUUCAACAAGAAUCCAUCGAGUUUUUAUCUAAUUGUUGAAUCUUAUUCGAACAUUGGCUUGUUAAUAAUCAUUUGUACGUCGCGUUUGUCGAUAAAUAUCUUAAAUUAUGAUUUAUCACGCUAUUCGAUCGCAUGGUGUAAGACUCGGUAUGGUCUUGCUCAAUUUUUCGGUUUAUUUUCACUAUUCACAAUUUGUUUCACAACUAUUGAUCAAUAUUUCUCCACAAAUCAUCGAUUUUACAUUCGACAACUCAGCACAAUGAAAUACGCGUACGUAUUCAUAGUCCUAACUUUGUGCUUAUCAUCGAUUCAUGGAUUUCUUUUUGUGAUUUAUUCCGAAAUUCGUCCAUCUUUGUUUGGAUGUUCAAUAUAUGAUGAAGUGCUGAAAAAAUAUCUAUCGUAUGUUUAUUACCCAUUGAUAAGCAAUGCAUUGCCGUUGUUUAUAACGAUCACAUUCAGUUUAUUAUCGUAUCGCAAUGUUCGUCGAAUAAUUCGAAAGCAAAUUCCGUUAAUUCGUCGUCAACUCGAUCAGCAAUUGACAGCAAUGGUUUUAAGUCGCGUUAUAUCAUUGAUUCUCUUCGGUUUACCGUAUAUUAUCGAAACGGUAUAUCAAAUGAAUGUUAAGAUCAAGGAAAAUAGUGUCAAAUCCAAAAUUGUAUUGCUUGUUGGUGCCAUAUCUGAUUCAUUGUUGUAUACAAACUUUUCAAUCAAUUUCUAUCUAUUUUUAACCAUUUCGGCGAGAUUUCGUCAUCAAGUUAAGCAUUUCAUUCGAAAAAUUGCUUGCGUCAAACCGAAGAAAUUCAAGAAUAAUCGAAUAUAUCUACGUACAAAUACAGUCAAUGCAUUGAUUCUUGAAUCAGUUUAA